AUGGUUAACAUCUCCAUGGAAAAUGAUUCCUCCGUGACAGAGUUUAUCCUUAUGGGAUUAACAGAUCAACCUGAGCUCCAACUACCCCUGUUUUUCCUGUUCCUGGUGAACUAUGCAGUCACUGUGGUGGGAAACUUAAGCUUAACUCAUCUCAUUUGCUUGAAUUCACACCUUCACACCCCCAUGUACUUUUUUCUCUUCAAUCUGUCCUUCAUUGAUUUCUGUUAUUCAUCUGUCUUCACCCCCAAAAUGCUAAUGAGCUUUGUUUCAGAGAAAAACAUCAUCUCCUUUGGAGGAUGCAUGACUCAGCUAUUUUUCUUCUGUUUUUUUGUGAACUCAGAGUGCUAUGUGCUAACAGUCAUGGCCUAUGAUCGCUAUGUGGCCAUCUGUCAGCCCCUGCUGUACGGGGUCAUCAUGUCCCCUAGGGUCUGUUCUCUGCUGAUGUUGGGCUCUUACUUGAUGGGGUUUGCUGGUGCCAUGGUUCACACAGGGUGCAUGAUGAGGCUCAGCUUUUGUGAUUCCAACAUCAUCAACCACUACAUGUGUGACAUUGUCCCACUGCUUCAGCUCUCUUGCAGUAGCACCUAUGCCAAUGAACUUGCAAAAUCUAUUGUUGUGGGGACAGUUAUCAUUGUAUCCAGCCUCAUUAUCUUAAUGUCCUAUGCUUUGAUUCUUUAUAAUAUCAUUCAUAUGUCUUCAGCUAAGGGUUGGUCCAAAGCCAUGAGCACCUGUGGUUCUCAUAUAGUAACUGUUGGUCUGUUUUAUGGAUCUGGGCUGCUCACUUACAUCAAGCCAUUAUCUCCUGGGUCUGUGGGUCAGGGGAAAUAUUUGUCAUUGUUUUACACUUUUGUGAUACCCAUGCUGAACCCUCUCAUUUACAGUCUCAGAAACAAGGAUGUCAAAAUUGCUCUAAAGAGAACCCUGAAGAGAAUCACAAAUUGGGCAGAACCAGUGGGGAUGCCUUAG